AUGGGAAAUGAAGUAGGUAAAGAAGCGGAAGUCAAGAGUUCGUACGAUAAAGUACUCCAACAAGCACAGGAUAUGGAGCGUUUAGUGACGCAAAUAUUGGAACGAAACGACAGUUCUCGAAUUGUUGAUGUUGAGAAGCAAUUUGAUAAACACAGUGUAACCGAGAAACCGAAUAAUAACUCAGGUUCAGGUUGUUGUCGGAAGCAUGAUUCGCCCAAGCCAAACGAAUCCAGCCAGCUUAUGCCAUCGAAAACUCAACUGGCGACCAAAAACGCAGCCAAAACGAAGCUGCCAACAUUCUCCGGUAAUCCUGAAGAAUGGCAUUAUUUCCGUGCCAGCUAUGAAACAUCAACAGCUGCGUGCGGAUUCAAUGAUUCUGAAAAUCUGGUACGAUUGCGGGAUAGCCUCCAAGGUCCAGCGCUCGAAAGCGUUCGAGGGCUGCUGAUUCUUCCUAAGCUGGUACCAAAGGCAAUCGAUGCGCUUCAUCGACUGUACGGCAAUCCUGAAACCCUGCUUGAAUGGCACUUGGAGAAAGUGAGGAAGCUGGAAAACCCGAAUCCUAAAAAAAUGAAUACCUGUGUGUCAUUUGCAAACGCUUUGGAACAGCUGUGCAAUCUAAUGGAAGCAGCAGAAUUAGAAUACCGAUUGAUUGACUCGGCUCUGUUCGAGGAACUUGUUUACAAACUACCCAAUAUGCAAAUACUUGAAUGGAUCGACCAUGCUAAACUUAAGAAAUCCGUAACGCUUCGAACUUUCAGUGAUUUUGCUUCGAUGAAGGUAGCUAAGAUGCGGGAAACUAAUCCUACUGGCUACAGAGCAGUACUGAAGGAAGCACUACCUGAUCAAGGGCCAAAAACGGAUCAAUCAAAUUCCGUAAAAACCGGUGCAGUCAAACGCGAAAAAUCGACUCUUGCCACUACUGCUGCUGCUGGUGAGAAAGGCAAGAAGGAAUAUAACAAACGUUGCCGAUUGUGCAAACGAUUUGGUCAUCCCCUGUGGUACUGCCGAGAAUUUUCCACAAUGAAAGUGGAAGCCCGUACGGUGCUGGUAGAAUCCUGGAACGUUUGCAAGAUUUGUCUCGGUGAUCAUUUGAUCGAAGGCAAGUCCAGAUGUCCGCAUAGAAUUCGAUGCAACGUCGGAAAGUGCCGUGAGAGCCACAACGCACUGUUGCAUCCCGAUGCGUCAGAUGAAGUCAACGAUAAAUAUUUGGAUGUAAUAUGA